UUACAAAGGGGGGCAUUCUACCAUAUACCAGCCUGGGGUAAUUACAGGGGUUUUCCUGCAGAAUAGCAUUUUGGGGGUAAUUCCAGGAGGGGCUUCCUGUUUGGGGCAGUUCCUGCAGGCUCUCAGUUGGGGCAGAUCCAGGGGGCUGGGAGAGGCAGGCAUUGCUGAGUCCUGGGCUGGCCAUUGUCUGGAUGCUGUGAUAUUACCCACAGGGAUGGCUGCAGAGCUCUGAUCCUCCUCCAUUCCCACGCGUGGAUCCUGACCCUGCUGCAGGUGUGAAUUACGGUGUGAAUUACUGGAGACACGGGAUGAUCGCAGCCUGGACAUCCUCACCCUGCUCUCCCUGAACGAUUCGGUUUAAUGACCGGAGAGGCACCUUCUACAAACCUCUUUUUUUCCGGGGUCCUUUGGGGGCCCCUACAGACCGACACAGCACCCCCAAUCUUGGGCUGGUUUCUGGGAUCCCCUCACUGUGCCCCCCACAUACCAUGCUGCUAAAGGAGUACAGGAUAUGUAUGCCUCUGACUGUAGAGGAGUACAGAAUCGGACAACUCUACAUGAUCAGUAAACACAGCCAUGAACAGAGCGACAGGGGAGAGGGCGUGGAGGUCGUGCAAAACGAGCCCUAUGAUGACCCAGUUCACGGUCAGGGUCAGCUGACUGAGAAACGUGUCUACCUGAACAGCAAACUUCCAAGUUGGGCACGGGCGGUGGUCCCGAAGAUCUUCUACGUAACGGAGAAGGCAUGGAACUAUUACCCAUAUACAAUCACAGAAUAUACAUGUUCCUUUUUGCCGAAAUUCUCCAUUCACAUAGAAACGAAGUAUGAAGAUAACAAGGGCUCAAAUGACAAUAUAUUUGACAAUGAAGCCAAAGAUUUGGAACGAGAGGUCUGCUAUAUUGAUAUUGCGUAUGAUGAGAUCCCAGAGAGAUAUUACAAGGAGUCAGAGGACCCAAAGAAUUUCCGAUCAGAGAAGACAGGCCGAGGUCAUCUGAAGGAAGGCUGGAGAGACUCCGAGGAGCCAAUCAUGUGCUCCUACAAACUGGUUGCUGUGAAGUUUGAGGUGUGGGGUCUCCAGACACGGGUAGAGCAGUUUGUGCACAAGGUUGUUAGAGACAUAUUGCUGAUUGGGCACAGACAAGCCUUCGCAUGGGUCGAUGAAUGGUAUGAUAUGACAAUCGAUGAUGUCCGAGAAUUCGAGAAAAACAUGCAGUUCAAAACCAACAUUAAAGUUUGCAAUCAGAACUCAUCUACAAUGGAUGCAAUAGGCAGUCACGCCAAGGAAAGCACAUGACGAUGGACGAGGUUCGAGAGUUUGAAAGGACUACUCAGGAAGCCACUAACAAGAAAAUCGGCUUUUUCCCUCCUGCCAUCUCC